AUGGAGAUUUACUUUGAACAUCAACAACCGUCAAAAAGUAGCAAGUUAUUUUACCACCUCAUUGAGGUCAAUUUCAAUCCACCCACGUUUAUGUUGAAUUUGGUUUUACUAAAAGGAAUGAUGAUAAACGAAUUUCUGGCUAAGAUUGUUAAUCAAUCAAUUUGUUGUGAACAAUUUAAACACAAGGGAAAUUUUCGGAAUCGGAAUCUUUUGACAUCAAACCGGUAA